AAUAAAAUGACAAUAAUAAAUAAUGAAAUUAAAAAUGCAAUUGAUUUGAUAUGGAACAAUAAAUUUAAGGAAGCCGAAGAAAUAUUUUCAAGUAAAUCAUCAUCAACCCCUAGAUACUCAUUACAUAAUGCUGAAACUGCAUUCCUUAAAUCAUUUAUAACUGCAAAUGAACUAGAAACUGAAAAUGCUUUAUUAAAACUUAAGCAAACUAAAGAAUUAGCAGAACAAUCAAUAAGAAUAUUUGAAAGCAACAAAGUACCUCAAAAUUAUUUCCCACCAAAUAUAAAAACUAAAGAGGAUUUUAAAAACCAUAUACUAGAUUGUAAAAUUGUAUUGGGUGACUCAUUAUAUAUGCUUGCAGUUUUACAAAUCACUAGAGAUCAUAAAUUUAAAGGUUGUUUUAAUUUAAGAAAAAGUUGGAAAAUAUUUGAAGAUACUCUUAGACAAGUUAAAGACGAUGAAGAGAAUGGGUUCCAGUAUAGCAGUGAUUUAACCGAGUUGUUAAGAUUUGGUUGUGGGUUUUUUUAUUUUGCUGUAUCCAUUAUACCACAGAAAUAUUUAAAAUUAGUCGAAUUAGUUGGUUUUAAAGCUGAUAGAGAUAUGGGUUUAAUGUAUUUAAAGGAUUGUUUAAGUAAAGGGGGAAUUAGAACACCCUUUGCAACCAUGGUCAUUUUAUUUAACAAUUUACUUUUACCAAGAGGUCUUUAUAAUCCAACACAUCAAUUAAAUGAAGCUCAACAAUUAAUUGAAAAGAAUUUAGAAAAGUAUCCCUAUGGUUCAUUAUUUCAAGUAAUGGGUUCUCAUUGCUAUAGAAAACAAUGCAAAAUUGAUAUGGGUUUACAAUGUAUGGAAGUUGCCAUUUCAAAUUGUAACUCAUUAUCCAAAGCACCACUUAUUUAUAAAUAUGAACUUGCCAACUGCUACUGUAUCAAACUCCAAUGGGAUAAAGCUAUUCAAGUCUUUGAAGAAUUGGUAAAAGAAGAAAAAUUUCAAAUUCGUGCAUUAUGUUCAUUACAAUUAGGUAGUUGCUAUAUCAUAAAUGGUCAAAAGGAAAAAGGAAUCCAAUCGUUUAACAAUAUAAAAAACUUUUGUAAAAAAUCAUCUAGUGUAGAUAUUGUAAUUAAUAAACAAGCUCAAAGAUAUAUAAAUAAUGGUGGUUCAUUCUCAGUAUUGGAGGUUUUAUAUUUAAGAAGAGAUAUGGCAAAAAUGGAAAAAUCAUUAGCCAAUAAGACUAUGGAUAUUUUAAAUUCCAUCGGUAAAAAACUAGGUGUAGAUAAACCAAUACCACAACAAACAGUGCAACCAAUAUCUAAUAAUACUACAAUUAAUAAUAUCUCAUUAUCGACCUCAUCCUUCCUCUCAAGAACUUUUUCAAAUUUAACCAAAAAGAAAGAAGAAAUUCAACAAAAUGAUAUUCUUAUACAUGAUAGAGCAGCCUAUUUACUUUUAAAAGGUGCAAUUUAUAAAAGUAUUGACCUCUAUGAUCAAUCAAUGGAAUGCUUUGAAGAGUUACUUUCAAUGAGUCAUCUUUUAACCGAAAAAUUCUACAUCCCAUAUUCAUACUACGAACUUAGUGAAGGAUAUUACCACAAAAAGAACAACGCUAAAGCUUUAGAAAAUAUACUAAAAUGCAACAAAUUCACAGGCUAUGAAUGGGAAGAUCCACUUAAAGUACGUCUUCGUGUAACAUUAGAUCAAUUAAAAAGGGACGGUGCAGGUAUAUCAAACGAUGACUAUAGUGAUGAAGAUAUAAUUUCAAAUAAUGGCAAUGUAAAUAGUGAUGAUUUAUUAUUAGAGGAAAUGAAUGAAUUGGAGAUUGAAGAAAAAGAAACUCAAUUAAGAAAUAAAUUAGCCAAUAAUAGUAAUUAUAAUAAUAAACAAACACCACAAAAUAACUCUAAACAACAAAUUUAUUAUUUAGAAAACAAUCAAAUCACUUCACCACAUUUAAUAAACAUACCAUCACCAUCAAUCAUUCAAGAUAGAAGUUGUGAUAAUAAAAAUUUCAUUGAAAGGGUGCCAUCACUUUAA